AUGAACGACUUGAUCCGGGCACGAGGAAUGAGAGCUAAACAGCGACUCACCAGACCGUUGGACCCAAAGAAGCUUCGUGAGAUUGAGAGGAAAGCAGGCGCUCUGGACAGAAUCUCGACACUAGUCAAUGAGUACUUGGAGACGAAGUACGCUCCUGUCGAGCGCCAUCUUUCACAGAGCGCCAAGGCUGCUGAGAUAUUGACGAUCGAAUGUAAACAACGGCUCUCUGUUGCGAUCUCACGUCAUGAGCAGUUGGUGAGGAAAAGUCAAGGAGUCUGUCAGUUCCUGGAGCAUCAGUAUUGCAAGAUAGUGUUCCGCGACAUCCCAUAUCUCAGGACAAGAGUGGCAAAGACGGCGCGUGUCCUUGGAGACUUGCAUCUUAGCUUUAUUCGGUUGUCCCUCCGUAUAUUGAAAGAGGAGUCAGACCUUCUUCAUGGUCAAUUGAAUGAGCAAUUUUUGAUCCCGCGAAAUGCCGCCAGGGCCAAGAUUGAUAGAGCACUUGAACGGACAGAUCUUGCAGCUCAACAAUACGUCGAGCUGCAGGGUAAGGUGGCCGAGACGCUGAAUGGUCUCAAUUCCCUGAGGCCCAUUUUAGCCUCCCUUGCAUUAUCCGAUUCGCCGUCCAGUGCGCGCUACCAAGAAUUUCUAGACAAACAUCAUGUCCACACAAAUGAUUUAAGCGGGGCAGGCCAUGCCUACCGCUGGAGUUGGCGCAAGUCGAGGAGAUCCGAGACGGAACUUGGCGAAGCCUAUCAGCUGGAAUUCUUCACUCUUAUACACUUUUCCCAACUGGGUGGGAUCAAUCCACCGGACUACGUUUGGUCAAUCAUGUUCGAGGACGCAAGAAGUCAGCGAAUUCGAGCGUAUCGGCAUAAACAUAAUCUCCAAAUCAUCGAUCGCAUUCGCAGAGCCUACCUACAACGGUGGAAAGGUCCGAGGCCAAGUUGGUCACCCGAGCUAAGCAACUACUGGCGCCAGCUUGAUGUGAUUGCACCUUUUGAUAUCCACCGAAUGCAUCAGAUGCUCUUGAAGAACGAAGUGCUGUAUCUGAUCGCCACUACUAUGGGUACUUUUGGGCCCAUGUGGGAGGGCCUGCAAGAAACCCAGCACAAGAGCCUCCGUAACCGUCUUGUUGACUGGCACAAGUCCUACAGAGAGUGCACAAAAGAGUUUCUGAUUGAGCUGGAAUCGUACAGAUACAUCAGCUGGUAUCGCUUCGGGCUUGAGAAAAGAAUGAUGAUGCUGAGGGUGCCAAAUAUCAUACAAGCCGAAGGCCUCUUUGUUCCCGAUAAACCCAUGAGUCAACAACUUGAACGAUUCUACCGUUGGAUCCACCAGAUGAUGGAUCUUCGUGAUCGGGCUUAUACAGCUGAAUCGGCCGUUCGCCUAUCCAAGCAGCUGAACAUAACGGAUACUUGGUCAGCGAUGACAGAGAGAUUCAAGUUGGAAGCGGCUGCACGAAAAUCCCAAAUUCUCGAUCUAGGUUCUGUCAGAGUUCGCCGCCGUGGAGUUUCGCGGAAAAUUGCAAGAGCAUCUCGGCAGACUAGGUUCAAGAGCCCUCGAAGAAAACUCAAACCUAUUGUUCGCUCCAAGCCUGGCUCUGAUCUCAUAUCGACCAUCCCAGCGAAUAUCGUGACCGUGAAAGUCGACGAGACGAAGGCUGGACGCACUACUCUAUCAAACCAGCGCCGAAAGAGCAAAAAGUGGGCUCAGGCCCCAAUUUCGCCUCGUUCGCAGGAACAGGCUAUCUCUGCUAGAAAAAAACGCAAACCGUCAACGUCCACUGUUGCGCCGCACAAGCAAGCAGACAAGACCGAGCAGGGUGCCCUGCUCAGUGACAUUAAGACCCGAGUCAAAAAGCCAAAGACCGGUGAAGAUGAGUACGACGUUGGUCGAACAUCAGAAAAGUCCAAGACGGACAAGAUCAGACGUCCUUCAGACUUUAAGACCAAAGACAGCCAAAACACAAAAGACCAAUCAUCAUUGCCUCGGAAGCGCGAUGUCGUUUCGAAGGGAAAGUCUUUGCGCUUACGCAAGUCAUCUCCUCAGCGUAAUUUUUGGGAACCGAACCCCAUCACCAUUCCCGGUGGACUCAAUCCAAAAUCUGGUGACCGCCCAUACAGCACCGCUUCUCGCCUGUAUCGGGAUUCCAAGCUUAGUGUGAUGGAAGAGCAGAGGGAGUGCACUUUGGAAUCACAUUCCUUCGUCGUCGAACCCAUCAAGUCUGUCACUGACGGGAGCCCAGACAAUGUUGAGACAAGCACAGUUCCAAUGGAACAGACUGCAUUGUUCUGGACACAUAGUGACCAGCUAUCCCCGAAUGGUCGGAAACCAGUGGUUCACUAUUGCAAAAGCCGCGAGAGCACUGAGCGCAUAUCGCAGCAUUUCCUGGACAGCAAGGUCAUUGGCUUUGAUCUGGAAUGGCAAGCACAGUCCUCCGCAUCCAGCAGCAUUCCAAACAAUUUGUCGCUCAUUCAAAUCGCGGACGAGACGCGCAUUGCUCUCUUCCAAAUCGCUUUGUUCAGACCUAGUCGAUCUCGUGACGAUCUCAUCGCUCCAACACUCAAACGUAUACUUGAAUCACCUGACAUUACCAAAGUUGGAGUCUCCAUCAAGGCAGACUCGACCCGGUUACGCAAAUACCUCGGGAUUGGAGCUCGAUCUAUCUUCGAAUUGAGCCACCUACAUAAACUCAUUCAAUAUGGACAAAGUCAACCAGCGCUUGUCAAUAAAAGACUGGUGAAUUUGAGCGAUCAAGUACAUGCACACCUGGGACUACCGCUUGACAAGAGUGGAGAUGUGCGGUGUGGCAAUUGGACGAUACCAUUGAACCACAGUCAGGUCAAUUAUGCUGCCACAGAUCCAUAUGCCUCCAUUUGCCUGUACUAUGCUAUGGAGCGGAAAAGGCUGGGAAUGAAGCCUACACCUCCUCGUCCAGCCUUUGCCGAGCUGAAUCUACCUAUUAUCCGCCCAGCGGGCCAGACCGUGAAUGUGGAUGAUCACGACCUUGUUUCUGGGAUGAUUGACGGUGAUGUUAUCGAUCGCUCGUCAUAA